AUGGCGAGUCUUCUGCGUGUGGUAGCCACCAGCUGUUCCAGCCCUCUGUUCUCCGGGCUGGCCUGUGCUAAGCUUCAGAAUGUGCGGUCGGUGAAGACACCAUGUGUGCGGUUCUUUAGGACCCAUCAAGCCCUCUCUCGCCUCGCUAGUCCAGGCAUUCCAUACAAACAGCUGACUGUCGGCAUUCCCAAGGAAAUCUUUCAGAAUGAGCGUCGAGUGGCCAUCUCUCCAGCCGGAGUGGAAGCUCUCAUCAAGCAGGGCUUUAAUGUGGUGGUGGAGUCCGGUGCUGGGGAAUCUGCCAAGUUCUCCGAUGACAUGUAUAUGAAGGCAGGAGCCACCAUCAAGGAUGUCAAAGAUGUCUUUUCAUCUGAUGUUUUGCUUAAGGUGCGUGCCCCGAUUUUAAACCCUGCUCUAGGAGUUCAUGAGGCCAGCCUCAUGAGUGAAGGAUCCACCCUCGUCAGUUUCAUCUAUCCCGCUCAGAACCCUGAGCUGAUGGACUUGUUGUCCAAGCGCAAAACCACCAUCCUGGCCAUGGACCAGGUGCCCCGAGUUACUAUUGCUCAGGGUUAUGAUGCCCUCAGCUCCAUGGCCAACAUUGCUGGUUAUAAAGCAGUGGUCUUGGCAGCCAACAACUUUGGGCGUUUCUUCACUGGUCAGAUCACAGCCGCGGGGAAGGUUCCACCUGCUAAGGUGUUGAUCAUUGGUGGUGGAGUGGCUGGCUUGGCUGCUGCUGGCUCUGCCCGUGCUAUGGGUGCCAUUGUCAGGGGAUUUGACACCAGAGCGGCUGCACUGGAGCAAUUUAAGUCCCUGGGUGCCGAACCUUUAGAGGUGGUGGAUGUGAAGGAGUCAGGAGAAGGCCAGGGCGGUUACGCUAAAGAGAUGUCCAAGGAGUUCAUCGAGGCAGAGAUGAAGCUGUUUGCCAAGCAGUGUUUGGAUGUUGACAUCAUCAUCACUACCGCGCUUAUCCCCGGUCGGAAGGCCCCUGUGCUGAUUACUAAGGAAAUGGUGGAGACCAUGAAAGAUGGUUCAGUGGUGGUGGAUCUGGCCGCAGAGGCUGGGGGAAACAUCGAGACCACGGUACCUGGAGAACUGUCUGUUCACAAAGGUGUGAUCCACGUUGGCUAUACUGAUAUUCCCAGUCGACUCCCGACUCAGGCCAGCACGUUGUACUCUAACAACAUCAUCAAACUCCUCCGUGCCAUCAGCCCAGACAAGGAAGUUUUUUACUUUGAUGUCAAAAACGACUUCGAUUAUGGCACAAUGGACCACGUCAUCCGAGGUUCAAUAGUUAUGAAGGAUGGAGAAGUGCUUUUCCCUGCACCACAACCUAACAACAUCCCAGUGGCAGUGCCUACAAAACCAAAGGGUGUCCAGGAGCUGGAGAAGGAGAAGGCAUCUGCGAUUACACCCUUCAGAGCCACCCUCAACACAGCUGGGCUUUACACCGGAGGUCUGGCAUCGACGAUCGGUCUUGGGCUGGUAGCUCCCAAUGCUGCUUUCACUCAGAUAGUUACAACCUUUGGCCUGGCAGGAAUCGUGGGAUACCACACUGUAUGGGGCGUCAGUCCUGCUCUUCACUCCCCACUUAUGUCUGUCACAAAUGCCAUUUCUGGUUUGACUGCUGUUGGUGGCCUCUCCCUCAUGGGUGGUGGAUAUCUCCCUGGCAGCACGGCUGAAACCCUGGCCGUACUGGCUGCUUUCAUCUCCUCUGUCAACAUCGCUGGUGGUUUCUUGGUUACUCAGAGGAUGCUGGACAUGUUCAAGCGGCCAACUGAUCCCCCAGAGUACAACUACUUGUAUCUUCUUCCUGCUGGUUGUUUUGUUGGAGGUUAUGGGAUGGCUCUUCAAAGUGGCUACAAUGUUGAACAGAUGAUGUAUUUGGGCUCCGGCUUGUGCUGCGUGGGGGCUCUGGCGGGUCUGUCUAAACAAUCCACAGCCCGUCUCGGUAACGCCCUGGGCAUGAUCGGAGUGGCCGGUGGCAUUGCUGCUACUUUCGGAGUGUUGAAACCUUCCCCUGAGCUCAUGGCUCAAAUGAGUGCGGCCAUGGCGGUGGGUGGCACUGCUGGUUUGGCCAUCGCUAAGAAGAUCCAGAUCUCGGACCUGCCGCAGCUCGUGGCUGCUUUCCACAGUCUAGUGGGUCUGGCAGCCAUGCUCACCUGCGUGGCCGAGUACAUGGUGGAGUACCCCCACUUCGCAACUGACCCUGCAGCCAACUUCACCAAGAUUGUGGCCUACCUGGGGACCUACAUUGGUGGAGUCACCUUCAGUGGAUCUCUGGUGGCUUACGGCAAACUUCAAGGUCUUCUGAACUCGGCUCCCCUUAUGCUUCCUGGUCGUCAUGCACUGAACGCCACCCUCAUGGCUGCCAGUGUGGGCGGCAUGGUCCCCUUCUUGCUUGAUCCCAGCUACACCACUGGCCUGACCUGCCUGGGCUCUGUGUCUGCACUCUCUGCAGUCAUGGGCCUGACCCUGACAGCCGCCAUCGGAGGGGCCGACAUGCCCGUGGUGAUCACUGUGCUAAACAGCUAUUCUGGCUGGGCUCUGUGUGCUGAAGGAUUCCUGCUCAACAACAACUUGCUGACCAUUGUCGGUGCUCUAAUUGGCUCUUCUGGAGCCAUCCUGUCCUACAUCAUGUGUGUGGCCAUGAACCGCUCCCUGGCAAACGUUAUUCUGGGUGGUUACGGCACCUCAUCCACUGGCACGGGCAAGCCCAUGGAGAUCGUAGGUACCCACACGGAGGUCAACGUGGAUCAGACGGUGGAGAUUAUCAAGGAGGCUCAAAGUAUCAUCAUUGUUCCAGGUUAUGGUCUGUGUGCAGCAAAAGCGCAGUAUCCUAUUGCUGAUCUUGUCAAGUCACUGGCUGAGCAGGGCAAGAAAGUCAGGUUUGGAAUCCACCCUGUGGCUGGUCGUAUGCCAGGCCAACUGAACGUACUGCUAGCUGAAGCUGGUGUGCCAUAUGAUAUUGUGCUGGAGAUGGAUGAAAUCAAUGAAGACUUCCCUGAAACGGAUCUGGUUUUGGUAAUUGGAGCCAAUGACACGGUUAACUCAGCAGCCCAGGAGGACCCUAACUCGAUUAUUGCUGGCAUGCCUGUUUUGGAGGUUUGGAAGUCCAAGCAGAUCAUCGUGAUGAAAAGAUCUUUGGGAGUUGGCUAUGCCGCUGUGGACAACCCUAUCUUCUACAAACCAAACACAUCCAUGCUUUUGGGAGAUGCCAAGAAGACUUGUGAUGCUCUGUCUGCCAAGGUCCGUGAGGGCUAGAGAGAAAAGAGAAGAUCUGACCUGGUUUUGCACCAGAUGAGUUACAGAGAUGAGAUUGAACAAACCCAAUAAACCGUUAGAUAUAAAUUAGCACUACCAGAAUCAAGCACCUAAUUACCCAUAUUCAUUAUUAAACUGUAGAUAUGUAGUUUAUUCUGUAUUUUACAGAACUUCGGUUUAUUUUUCUUUUCAUUAAAUGUUUUUUUUUUUGGGUCCCCCAGUUAAAUAGGUCAAAGGGGAAAAAAGCAUUGCAAAAUCACGUUAAUUAGUAUUAAUGAAUAAAUCCAACCAGUUUUCAUCUGGCUUUGUAUGUAUUAUAGUUCAAUUUUUAUAUAGCUUAGCAAUCAGUUUUUAGAAACAGGGUGGUAGUGUUAGCAUACGUGUUACAUACAUGCACAUGUGUUGGCAUACACUCAUUUGUUUGAAAGCCAUGGACUAUUCCAAACUAUAUGCUUUUUUCCCUUUUCAUGCUUAAUUGUUUAUAUCUUGUGAACUUACCAUGUGCAUUAAGUGACCAGCUGGUGGUAUAUUGUGGUGUUCCAAGCAAGCAAUCAACCUUUUCAGAUGCGCACGUUUUUUGAAGGAUCGUAACUGAGUUUAAGUGAAGUUCUAGCUAAUAUCUCUUGAUUUACGCACAGAAUCCCAAACACCUAUGGCUCAUUCAAAAGAUGAUUUGUAUUCCCCAACCACUCUUAAAUCAAGUGAAUGUCACUGUAGUGCUGAUGUUAGUAUGAGGAGUUACUGUAUAUCUGCCCUGUUGUCCUCUCAAAUUUGUUCCCAGCAAUAAUCCUCUGCAGUAUUUGACAGGGAUUUGAAUAGAUGUUCUGUAAUUUAACCACUGGGAUUUAAUGGAAUGGAUCCUAUGAGAUACAGGAACUAGAUCAUUACAACGACCCUACCUCUCCACAGUUUCAACUCGACCAAAACAAUCCCCGUUCUCACACUCCUCCGCUUAUGUUCACCUCAAACUGAGCUGCAUUGGGCACGUAGUUUGUUCCUCAAUGUAGAUUUUUUGGAUGUAGGAAGGUACAUUUUUUUUGGAAAUAAGCAGCAGCUUAGAUGCUGAAUAUCAUCUGGUUCAGGAAUGUUUGAAUAUGUGAAAAGGGAAUAAAUUGCUGCAAAGAAAAGGAAGUAUUUAUCGAACAUCAUUUGGGUUAAUAUGAGAGUUUAGCAUUCCCUCCCACUUCAGGAUUGGUUCGUGUACACAGGUUCUUGCGUAGAAAGGAUGCUUUGGUAAUUCUGCUUUGACGCAAUACAUGGGAGAGAGGAGGGUCUUCAGAUGUUUCAUUGUGCCAUGGUGAGGAAAUGUCAUACUGUGAAAUGUUUUUUUCUCUCUUCACUGUAUCAGAACAUCCCUCUUAAUAAACAUCCUGAUAAGAGAACCGA